AUGCCGGCGGUCAUCAGUAAAAACUCUGACAUGUUUGACUCUUUCCAACCGUGCUUCUACCCGGACGAGGACGACUUCUACUUCUGUGGUCCCGACUCUGCGCCACCGGGGGAGGACAUCUGGAAGAAAUUCGAGUUGCUGCCCACUCCGCCCCUUUCCCCGAGCCGAGCCGCUCUACCUGGGGAACCGGCGGCAGCCUCCCCGGAGGCGGACCUCCUGGGCUUCGGCUUAGGGGAUCCACUGGACUGGGCUUCGGAGCUGCUCUUACUGCCCGAAGACGACAUUUGGGGGGCAUCCGACGAUAUGGAUCUGUUCGGUUCCGCUUUGGAUACAAACCCAAACAACAUCAUCCUCCAGGACUGUAUGUGGAGUGCAUUCUCGGCCAGGGAGAAGCUGGAGAGGGCGGUCACGGAGAAACUAGGCAAGACUAUUACGAGUGCCACAGCCACGGUGACCUCUCCGGCUUCCGCUACUGCUGCUGCGGCUACUGCCGGGAGGCGGGACGUUUGCGUUAAAGCGCCCGAGGUGGUGAGCCGCAGCGUGGCGUCGGAGUGCGUGGACCCCGCUGUGGUGUUUCCCUUCCCCGUCAACAAGAUGAGCGGCAGCGGAGACUCGAACGCCAGUGUGAGCGUGUCCACGACCCACGCGACCGCCCACAGCGACUCCGAAGAAGAGGAGGAGGAAGAGGAUGAUGAUGAAGAAGAAGAGGAGGAGGAGGAGGAGGAUGACGAUGAGGAGGAGGAGGAAGAGGAAGAGAUUGACGUGGUAACAGUAGAAAAGAGGCGUUCUACAAUCAGCAAAAUAUCAGCUGCAAUCUCCAGAAGUCAAGAGCAGAGGAACGCCACCUCAGGUUCUGGUACAGUGGGUCGCUUCGUCAGUCGAGCCCCACAGGAGCUCAUCUUAAAACGGAGCUCGGUGCACCAGCAGCAACACAACUAUGCCGCACCCUCGCCAUACACGUCAGACGACGACCCGGCGCCGCCCUCCAAGAAGCAGAGGACGUCAGACACCGCCCGACCCCCGACCAGAACCGCCUCGUCUUCUUACUGCGCCUCAGUUUCUUCGGGCCCACGCAGCAAGCGCAGCUCCAGCGGGGACAGCAGCCCGAGGGGCAGCUCUGACUCAGAGGACAGCGAGCGCCGGCGCAACCACAACAUCCUAGAGCGUCAGCGUCGCAACGACCUGCGUUCCAGCUUCCUGACGCUGCGUGACCACGUGCCAGAGCUGGCGCACAACGAGAAGGCCGCCAAGGUGCUGAUCCUAAAGAAAGCCACAGAGUAUGUGAGCUCCCUGGACAGGGAGGAACGGCGGCUCAAGCAGGAGAAGGACAGACUGCACGCCCGCCGGCAGCAGCUAAUGCGCAGGCUGGAGCAGGCAAGGACUCGCUGA